CCCUCCUGAGAACAUUUCACUGUGUUAAAUAACAAUGUGGAAUAUGUUAUGUUAAAAUUAUUUACGUGUGAGCUAACGUACUGAGGUGUCAACUGUUGUCUUACUGCUUGGUUGCUGUGGCUAACUUUAGCUAGCGUUGUUUUGACGGGGUCUGUUUAUGAACUAGUCUUAGGGUUGUACGUUGUUUUAUAUAUAUAUAUAACUAUAUAAGUUAUAUAUAUAUGCCCAUAUGAGGUAAACCUAACUGUAGCAGCCGUGCUAAAACGUAGACGUCUAAGUUUCCAGGAUGGCUUCAUUUGGCUGGAAGAGGAAAGUUGGGGAGAAGGUUUCAAAGUCAGCGGUGCAGCAGUUUGAGGCUGAGGCACAGAAGGCUGAGGAUGAUGGUCCAAGUCAGGAGGAGGAUGUGGACUGGCUGCACGCCAUCAAACGACGGCGGGAGAUCCUGCUGGAGGGCUGUGCAGCCAAGAGCAAGAGGCUGAAGGACGAGGGUGCACAGCUGGCUGAGCAAGGCAGGCACUGGGAGGCCAUUAAGAAGUGGGACGAGGCCAUUCAUCUGACUCCAGACAACCCAGUUCUAUAUGAGAUGAAGUCUCAGGUACUGACCAUUCUGCAGGAGGUGUUCCCCGCUGUGAAGGCAGCGGAGAUGGCAGUGAAGUUCCGCCCCCUUUGGUGGGAGGGCUGGCAGACUCUGGGCCGUGCCCAGCUCAACCUGGGAGAGGUGGACCUGGCUGUUAAGUCCUUCCAGGUUGCGAUACACAUAUGCCCAUCGGAGCGCACCCUCUGGCAGGAAGACCUUGCAUGGGCAUGCAGGUUACAGAAGCAGCACUCAGCAACCGAGGAGAAAAUCCGGCAAGAGGAGGAGACUAAAAGACAGAUCCUUAAUGCCCCUGAGCUCGAACAGGAGUAUGAUUUUGAGUCUGAUGAGGUGCUGGCUGCCUGUGAGGCGGUUGCUGAGCGACAGACACGCUACGAGGAGCUGAAGAGGACCGCCGUGGUCGUAGACGCUGAGGGAAAUAUAAAAAAUGUAGUCACUGGGGAAAGGGGAUCAGAGGACACGGCGACACCGUCAAAGGAAAAGUUUGUCAAAGCAAGAGGACUUUGAACUGGUCUCCGUUUGUUUGUUAUUUAGUUUUUUUUUUUUGUCCUGGUUACAUUUUUUAGGACUGAAUGUUAUUAUUUCUGAAACCACUGGGAGUGUGUGAAGCUAUGGCAUAAAAAGUCUCAUUCAGAAGCAACCAUGAAAACCGACUAAUUCUAGUUAAGGUUUAUGUGCAACAGAAUAAAAGACAAUUGAGUUUUGUUGUUUUACAUUUCCCAUUCCUUUAAUGUUAAUUACGUUAAAUGUGCAUGUAAACCUUUACACGCAUACAUAAAGAUUAAAGAUAUUUUUUUAUCUUUUCUGGCUCUUUUACUGUCAGUCACAUUCAGUUCCAGUCGUCCAAGAUGUUGAAGCUAGACAGUUUUAUAUUUCUAGUUCUGACUCUUUAUUGUUAUAAGUGUUUCCUCUGAAUAGCACAGUAACACAUUUAGUUAAUAGUGAAUGUAUACUGUGGUUACAUUAGAAUCUAUCAAGAGUCCCUAGGUUUUUAAUGAAUUUCAAACAGUGCUUGGUUGAAGUUGGCAGCCUUUUUCAUUUUGGAUUGUUUAUUAAAAUUUGACUCAAUUUACUUAAAUGUACAAAUAAAAGAUAGUUCAAAUCACACUGUUUAUGAAGAAAGACAAUCAAACCAUAAUGUUAAAGCUGUUUUCUUCUAUGCUACAUUAAAUCAGUCUUUCAGAAUUUAGUAUCCUCCAAGAUUAAGGUAUAAAAACACAAAUCAGCAUCAAGAUAGAGAGAUGGUAGAGGAUUGUCCUAAAGGAAAAUACAGGAAAAGAAAUGAUCACAUCCAGUGUGAUAGUCAAAUGUAAAUGACCUGUGAGGUUGUCCAUGUGUCUGUGUUUGUGAAAGAUGAUGCAUGCUCAAACCUGUCAAUGAAAAAUAAACAUGAAUCUAAAUGUGUGAAA